AUGGCCCAGCGCGGCGGCCCCGCGGUGCUCCCGGACAACCCCUUCCAGGACCCCGCAGUGGUGCAGCCCCGGCCCGGCCCCGAGCGCUCGGCGCUGGAUGCCUACAACCCCUUCGAGAGCGGCGCGCCGCCACCACCGUACGAGGCCCCGUCGGCGGCUCCGCCGCCCGCCAGCGGCCGGCAUGCCCCGCCGCAGGCGGCCGCGCAGCCCCCGCGGAAAGCUAGCCCCACGGAGCCCCGAAACUACGGCUCCUACGGCACGCAGGCCUCGGCGGCAGCCGCCACGGCUGAGCUGCUGAAGCGGCAGGAGGAGCUGAACCGGAAGGCGGAGGAGCUGGACCGGCGGGAGAGGGAGCUGCAGAACGCGGCCCUCGGCGGCGCCGCAACGAGGCUGAACAACUGGCCCCCGUUGCCGUCCUUCUGCCCCGUGAAGCCUUGCUUCUACCAAGACAUCCCCGUGGAGAUUCCUGCUGACUUCCAGAAGACCGUUUCUACCAUGUAUUACCUCUGGAUGGCCAGCACCAUUGCUCUCUUCCUGAACUUCUUGUCCUCGCUGGCCUGGUUCUGUGUGGAGCCCUCGUCCGGUUCUGGGUUCGGCCUCUCCAUUCUCUGGGCUCUUCUCUACACGCCUUGCUCCUUUGUCUGCUGGUACAGGCCGAUGUACAAAGCUUUCAGGAGUGACAGUUCGUUCAACUUCUUUGUCUUCUUCUUCGUCUUCUUUGCCCAGAACGUGAUUUACGUGCUGCAGGCGAUUGGCAUACCAAACUGGGGAUUCAGCGGCUGGAUACUGAGCCUGAUAGCGCUGCGGAAGAACACGGCCGUGGCUGUGAUGAUGAUCCUGGUGUCCUUGUUCUUCACAGCAGUGGCUGUGUUGGGCAUUAUUAUGCUGAAAAAGAUCCACUCUCUGUACCGCCGGACGGGCGCCAGCUUCCAGAAAGCACAGGAGGAGUUUGCUGCGGGGGUCUUCUCCAACCAGGCGGUGCGCACUGCGGCGGCCAACGCCGCCGCCGGUGCCGCCACCAAUGCCUUCCGGGCGCCCUAGCCAGGCGGGGGCCCCGGCUUCUCAUCGCACGUGGGCUCUUUCUAAGGAAGAGGAAAUCCAAGUUGCACUUUCAUUGGAUCCCCGUGUGUCUGCAUCAGCUGUCGGAGGCUGCCUCAUCCCAGCUUGGAAGUGCUGGUGCCUGAAUCGUCUGCUGCUCUAACCCCUUUCCUCACGGAUGGAGGCUGUUCUGGUUUGUGCUGGUCCCCUCCCCUCAGCGGACUGGGGAAGGAGCGGGAUGGGAGGUGCUGUGGCCAAGCCCUGCGCUUCUCAUCGCCCUCCCUUCCAGCACCAGCUGCUGGGGGCAGGAGCCUCCUCCAGACGUGUGACAGGGACCGAAACGGCCGCUCACCUUCGCUGGGCUCUCCUGUUUCCCCACCUGGGGAUGCCGCUUGUGUGCCCUGGGCCUUGUGUGCCCAGUCCCAGGGCGUGCAGGGGCUGGCUCUUCCCUGGAGGCUUUUUCCUCCCUUCCCUUUGACGCGGGACCCGAUUCUCUGCCAAGAAAAUCGCCUCCCUCUUCCCCCAGGGGCUUGCUCCAGUGGGCUGGGGCUGGCUCCGUCCCCAGGGUGCUGAGCUGGGAGGGCAGCCCCCCACUCCAGUCCCUUUCCCCCGUCCUCUCCCUCUCUCCUUUGCCGGGCUGAGCCCGCUCCAGGCGCGGGGAUAAGGAGAGCGCGGUGGUGCAUGUGCUGCUGGUGGGGCUUCCUGCCCUUAGCCUGUGUGCCCGGCCCCCGCCGUGUGGGACUGGGCCCGCGGUGGUCCCUAAAGCCGGGCUGGGCACCGAGGAGGGACCCGGGUACCUCCUUAGCUCCUGCCUCGCCUCCAGCGAGGGGGUGAACGGCUUCUCCCUUCCCCCCUGCCUCUGCCUGCCCUGGGGCCAGCACCCCCUCGCUCCCCCUGGCACUCUUCACCCAGAGCCCGUCCCUUCCCCAGCACCCUUCUCCCUUCUCAGGGGCUGAGCCGGUCCCUGUGCACAGCGCUGCCCAGUAUGUGCCCCCCGCUAGCCCUUGGUGUCCCCCGUCCCGUGUGCCAGUGUCCCCCGGGGCUCCCUGGGCCUGGCGUCCCUGGGCCGGGGGUUCCCGAGUUCUGCUUCGCCCCAUCUCCUCUCCCACGCUCCUGGGUUUGUCCCUGCUGCUCCUGGGCUGGCGAGAGGCUCCGUGCCUUCAUCUGCGGGGGCCAGCGCGUGCGGUAGCUCCCCACAGCCGCGGCUCGGCCCUGGCCAGUUGUGCUGGGUGAUGGCGGUGGUCCCCGCUCCAGCCGUGGCCGUCCUGCCGCCGCCGCCGCCUCCCGUGUGUUGCUGUGCCCGACGCCAAGCCGCCUUCGGGUUUUAUUUAAGGAAUAAAUGAAGUUU